AUGGCCUACACUUGCGACCUUGAAGGCUGCGGCCGAUCGUAUCUUCGAAAAGAACACCUCACUCGACACAAAAAGGAGCACACUGCAGCGCCUUCUUUCCCGUGCCCAUCAUGUGGCACGAAGUUUACAAGAGGAGACACGCUCCGUAGGCACAUGGUACUUCAUGGCCCUUCUGCUCCGCCAACUCGGGUUGCACAAGCCUGUAUUCCGUGUCACCGGACAAAGACCAGAUGCGACGGCCAGCAGCCCGUCUGCUUGACAUGCAGUGACAAAGGGAAGUCAUGCGAAUGGCCACAGCCGUGCGGCAAAGCUUCGUUCCGACCAACCUACAGAUCCUCUACAGCUCCGGAAAAGACGCCGAAUCUCAUCACUCAACCCGAACGAAUGGCAGAGAGGAUGUCAUCACCCAGCUUGCCGAUGAAAGCCAACAUGCCGUCAACAAUGGCGACAAUGGUCGACACGAUCGAUUUCAGCGCCCCUGAGUCUCAAUGGUUUCUAAACGAACUUGGGAUUUUGCAGUCUCAAAGGGCUUACUUCGAACAGUUCCACCCGCAGUGGCCUUUGUUACAUCGUGGGCUGUACGAAACAACCACGCAGUCCAGGCUGCUGGUACGAGCUGUCGUCACGGUUGGCUUGUGGUUUGACGGGUCAUCAGAAUCGAAAGAACUCUCCAUAAAGCUUCACGAUCACCUCUUGAUAGAGACAGGAAACAAACUUCUCGAUCUAUUGGAGCAAUCUAAAAAAGGAUUGUUGUCGCCCCGAACAGAUUUGCUACCUAUCUUCCAAGCCACAUUGAUCGUGAUGAUUCUCGUACCAUACCGAGCAGACAAAUCCAUGGAAAGCGUCAUGAUUACCCACCCCAUGCUAUUGGAGAUAUUCAAAGUCACAGGUGUUUAUGAUCAACCGAAAAUCAACGCCGGUUCGCGACUCGGUUGGCAUAGCGGCUAUACUUGGGUCUUUCGAGAGUCUUACCAGCGGUGA